AUGGGUUUAUUUGGCGCAUUAGCAGGAGUUGCAUCCAGAUUUUUGCCCGCAGUGGGAACAAUAGCCAGAGGUGUAUUUGGAGUUGGAAGGAAGAUUUUGAGUACAUUAGGUAUACUUAAAGAGAAAGCACAACCUAUUAUACAAACUGUACAGAAAGGUUGGGAUGUAGCACGAGAUGCAGCAAAUCUUAUUCCAAAUCCUGAAACAAGAGGAAAAGUUCAAGGAUGGAUGGACAAUGUAGGAAGACAAGCAGGAAACUACUAUAACAAAGCAAAUGACUACUAUAACCAAGCAGGACACUACAUGGACCAAG